GGGCUCGAUUGACGCUGCCUGCUUGAGCUGCUAUCGCUGCUGCCACUGGCGCGGCGGCUGCUACUGCUGCUUGCCGCUGUCGCUGCUGUUGAGAAUCACAAGGCGGUGUGCGGAUAGCCGCCGAUUCGGUCUUCACUCGCUGCGAGACACACGGACGGGGAGCUGAGAGGAGAGCGAGCCAAGCACACAGCGCAGUCCAAGUUCCGCAUCAAGGCAUGGCUUCGGGAGACCUUUACGAGGUAGAAAAAAUAGUUGACAGACGAAAGAAUAAAAAAGGAAAAUGGGAAUAUCUAAUUCGAUGGAAGGGUUAUGGCAGCAAUGAAGAUACGUGGGAGCCAGAAAAUCAUCUCCUUCAUUGUGAAGAGUUUAUUGAUGAAUUUAAUGGACUACAGUUUCCCAAAGACAAACGUUCCAAACCAGGAAAGCAUGCUGGAGCACCUCGUUUUCUGAGGCGAGGCAUAUCUUCAGAUGGAAUUCGGGGAAAAGCUGCAGCCCAGAGGAAAAGAAGAAGUAGCUCAAGUGGUUCUCAGAAACAACGAAAAGCCUGUGCUGGUAAACAUCAAGGUGAUAGGGCUACAAAGACUGUUACAUACAGGACAACACCAAGUGGGUUACAAAUCAUGCCAAUGAGAAAGCCACACAAUGGAGUACAAAAUGGAGACAGCAACUUGCAUUAUGGAAAUGCAGACCACUCGCCUAAUGAUGAAACAGAAAAUGAAAUGCCAGAUGAUCUAGACAUCAGUGAUUCUCCCUUGAUGAAUGGAAUUGGGCCUGCUCUGUCAAAUGGUGGAAUUAAUUUGCACAGUUCAGUAAAAAGAAAACUAGUGGAAGAUAAAGACUAUGUGUUUGACAAAAGGCUAAGAUACAAUGUUCGACAAAAUGAAGGCAACUGUCGAUUCAGGGACAUUGUGGUUAGGAAAGAAGACGGUUUCACACAUAUAUUGCUAUCAAGCCAAACAUCUGACAACAAUGCAUUGACUCCAGAGAUUAUGAAAGAAGUACAGCGAGCUUUGUGUAAUGCGUCAGCAGAUGACAGCAAGUUGCUCCUUCUCAGUGCAGUUGGCAGUGUUUUCUGCAGUGGUCUGGAUUACUCUUACCUUAUUGGCAGAUUAUCAAGUGACAGGAGGAAAGAGAGUGCAAGGAUUUCAGAGGCUAUAAGGGAAUUCGUGAAAGCUUUUAUUCAGUUCAAGAAGCCUAUUGUAGUAGCAAUUAAUGGACCAGCACUGGGAUUAGGAGCUUCUAUCCUUCCUCUCUGUGAUAUAGUAUGGGCCAGUGAGAAGGCCUGGUUUCAGACCCCCUGUGCCACAAUCAGGUUGACUCCAGCGGGCUGCUCAUCUUACACAUUCCCUCAGAUAUUAGGAGUCGCUUUGGCGAAUGAAAUGUUGUUCUGUGGAAGAAAGCUAACAGCACAAGAGGCUUGUAGCAGAGGUCUGGUAUCACAAGUGUUCUGGCCUACAACUUUCAGUCAAGAAGUUAUGCUGCGAGUGAAGGAAAUGGCUGCCUGCAGCGCAUUGGUACUGGAAGAAUCCAAAUGCCUUGUACGGAGUUUCUUGAAAUCAGUGCUGGAAGAUGUAAAUGACAAAGAGUGCCAGAUGUUGAAACAGCUGUGGGGCUCCUCCAAGGGACUGGAUACUCUAUUUAGUUAUUUACAGGACAAAAUCUAUGAAGUGUGAAUUCAUCAUCAGCCAUCAUAAAAGAAGAAAAAGGUUUAUUUAUUAAUUUAUUAUUUUUUGAAUUGGCACUUAUGACUUCAAAGGAAUACAAAGGUCAUGUUCCUUGAAGGUGUUUCCUCCUGCAGUUAUCCAAUACAAAGGUGUCUGUGGAGCUGCCAGACCAGUAUGGGCUAAAUGAAAAGACUCUACAAAGGGAUCAUCCAAUGCCAGCAGCAUAAAAGUCUGAAAGAUGAGUGGUCCUUUGGUCUUUUGUAUUAUUGCCGAUGAUUUCCAAGAUCUGCCACAAAAUCCCACGUCUGAAGCCAACAUGCGUGGGAAAUCUGGCAAAACUCUUUUUAAAAUAGUACUGGCAUAUUUCACUUUAACUUAGUUGUAAAUUUGUUAUACAAAACUGUAAUCAUAAGACAUUUUGUAAAAUAUCUUCCUCAAUGUGUUUGUUAAUAUCUAAUAGGAGUAGACUUUUCCAUCGGGUUGGAUCAUUGUAGUGUGGAGGAAUGAUUGGUUAUGGAAAACCAACAGAUUGCACGAUAAUAUCCCAGGAGAUACCUCAUCUUGAGAACACAUUCCUGAGUGCUGAGUACUUCAGCAAUGAGGGUAUAUUUGAAUAAUGUGGGCUCAGUGUAUAAACUAAAGAUGUAAUUCAUUUAAUAAUUACAUACUGGUGUAAUUCCUACUAACCCAUUUAUUUAUUUUCACUUUUAUUUGUUUAUUUUUCCAUCCAGGUGUGCCUGAUCUGAUAAACAGUAUUUAUUUUUGUAUAUAGGGAUGCAUGGGUAUGCAUUGUUCAAAAAAGAAGCUUUACACAAAAUCUGAAAGUGAAAUUAUAUUUUCUCUGCCUUAGUAAAUUAUUCCCUCUUAAAACUUGUCUUGAAUAAAGACUCGAUUAC